UGCAAUGCCUGGAUUUGAAGUUGUCAGCUGCACAAAACCGCGGGCCUUCAUCUGCAGCUCAUUUUCGCACGCCUUGGACGCCUUGGACGCCUUAGCUGACUUCCUCCGUUCCAAACCAUGGCCGCUCUCCGCGUGGGAAUCAUUUCCAAGGGCACCCGUGGGGACGUCCAGCCAUUUCUGGCCCUAUCCCUGGAGCUUCAAAAACGAGGGCACCAAGUGGUCAUCUGCUGCCCAGCGUGUUGCGUCGACGUGGUUCAGGAAUACGGCCUGGAGGCCUUUCGGAUGAGCUUUGAUCCCAAGAAGGCCAUCCAGUCCAAGGAGAUGCAGCUAGCCAUUGCUGAAGGGGAUGGUGCCAGCUGCGUCAGAGCAUUCAACACUGCACAGGAACGGCAGAUUGAAGAGUCAGGCAUCAAUCCGGCGGAUGAGGUCUAUGACUUCGUGCAAGGCUUUCAGCCUGAUGUGAUUGUGGGUCAUCCCAGCUUUGUGCCACUGAUGAUGGUGGCUGAAGCGAUGUCCGUGCCGUUGAUCAAUGCCCUCUUUAUGCCAUUCCUCCCCUCCGCUGUGGCUCAACCAGUCUUCUUCUCGGCCAAACAGCUGGAGAGAGAUGGAUUGCUGGAACGACCUUUGGAGGCGCAUCGCCUCUUUUGGAACAUGUACAUCAGUCCUGAGGAGUUCCAGCAGCUUCAACUUCUGCGCAAGAGGUGGGGCUUACGACCCUACAAGGAUGUUAUGGAGGUUCAAGCUGCAUACCAUGCUUGUCCCGAAGCAAACUGCUGGAGUAGUCAAGUUAUUGCAGAGCCCGCAGACUUGAAACCGGAGUUCCCCUUGGCUCGCCAAACCGGUUACCUCUUCGCCGAUGCACCGUCAAGCUACACGCCACCCGCGGAGCUGGUAACAUUUCUGGAGGCGAAGACGAAGCCGCUGUACAUUGGUGCCUGGGACAAAACGAGAGAUCCUAUGGACAGAUCAUAA